UCUCUCUUCCUAAAAAUCUCCUAAACAUUUUUUCCCUGAUUACUAUGCAAUUAAGGUCCACUUUCUCUAUAAUUUUGGUAGUUACCUAAAUUUUUAAAUAAUUUUAAUCUGACUGUAGGAAUUAUUAUAAUUUUCUGUUCUUUAAGCAGGCUUUGUAUAUCUAAAGCUAAGGACUGAGCACUAAUACCUAGUCUAUUUUAAUUUUUAUUUUCUCCUCGCCAUCUUCACCAAAAUUUCUUCUUCUGCACAAUCAGUUAAUAACGAGCAAGAUACUCCGCGUACAGUUAAUGUAAAAAUAAAAUAAAAAAUCAUUCUAUUAUUACGUCAUUAUUCAGCUAAGGAGUGUUGAUUGUCUAAUCCCCUCCCUCCCCCAUUGAUAUCCUGUCUGGAAUUACCAGAUACUAUUGAAUGUUAAGUAACUGAAAGUUAGGUGACGUAACGUCCAUGGAUGCUCACCCACCGUUCGUUCAUAUAUAUAUAUAGACACGAUGUGGCUGCAUAAUCCAACGCAAUCUUCAGCAAACAAAAAUCAAUUUCAGUUUGUACCUUAAUCAUACGUAACAAUGGUAGCAACCGCAACAGCAACCUCACCACUCGCACUGCCGCAGGAGAAUUUCGUCGACGAGAAAUUCAUCAGAGACGAAGACGAGCGCCCCAAGGUACCGUACAAUCAAUUCAGCGAAGACAUUCCUGUGAUCUCCCUCGCCGGAAUCGACGAGCGCGGCGGAAAGCGUGAGGUUAUUUGUCGAAGCAUCGUAGCCGCCUGUGAGGAUUGGGGAAUCUUCCAGGUCGUCGAUCACGGAAUCGAUUCGAAACUUAUCGGAGAUAUGAACCGUCUGGCUCGCGAAUUCUUCGCUCUCCCCGCCGAAGAGAAGCGCCGCUUCGACAUGUCCGGCGGAAAAAAAGGCGGUUACAUCGUCUCAAGCCACCUCCAGGGCGAAGCAGUGCAGGAUUGGCGCGAGAUAGUGACAUACUUCUCUUACCCGAUAAACUCACGUGACUACACACGGUGGCCGGACAAGCCAGAGGGGUGGCGGGCGGUGACGGAGAACUACAGCGAGCAGCUGAUGCAGCUUGGGUGCAAGUUGCUGGAGGUUCUGUCGGAGGCGAUGGGGCUCGAAAAGGAUGCAAUUGCUAAAUCGUGUGUCGAAACUGAUCAAAAAGUGGUAGUCAAUUUCUACCCCAAAUGCCCACAGCCUAACCUAACAUUAGGCCUCAAGCGCCACACCGAUCCCGGCACCAUCACCCUGCUGCUACAGGACCAGGUCGGGGGCCUGCAGGCCACCCGGGACGGUGGCAAUACAUGGAUCACAGUGCAGCCUGUGGACGGGGCCUUUGUGGUGAAUCUCGGCGACCAUGGACAUUAUUUGAGCAACGGGAGGUUCAAGAAUGCGGAUCAUCAGGCUGUGGUGAACUCGAACACCAGCAGGUUGUCGAUAGCUACAUUCCAGAAUCCAUCACCCGAGGCGAUAGUUUACCCACUGAAGAUCCGGGAAGGGGAGAAGGCGGUGAUCGAGGAUCCAUCCAUGACGUAUGCAGAGAUGUACAAGCGGAAGAUGAACAAAGAUCUUGAGCUAGCUAGGCUCAAGAAAUUGGCUAAGGAAGAGGACACAGCCAAACUAGAAGAGAAGGUUACUACUACUAAGACAAGUCUUGAAGAAAUUCUAGCUUGAAAUUUUAAGAAUAAAUUCCUUGUAUUACCUUACCUUAAUGUGACAAUAAAGAUUGUUUUCUUAGUA